AUGAGCUACUACAGUGGCUACUACAGAGGCCUGGGCUAUGGCUAUGGCAGCUUUGGAGGCCUGGGCUGCGGAUGUAACAGCAUCCGCAGAGUGGGCUACGGCUCUGGCUUUGGCUUCAGAGGUUUCGGAGGUUUCGGAUAUGGCUCUGGCUAUGGAGGCUUCGGAGGCUUCGGCUAUGGCUCUGGCUUCGGAGGCUAUGGCUCCGGCUCCGGCUAUGGAGGCUAUGGUUACAGCUGCCGCCGCCCUUCAUGCUGUGGAGGAUAUGGGUUCUCCAGCUUCUACUGA